AAGCCCUGUGUCCCUGCGCGCAGGGCCGCCAUGAUUUCUGGGAAGUGUAGUUUCUUGAGGCCGGCGGCUGGUUGGGGCGACGUCCCGGAGGCUUCUGAAGACGCGGCUCCUGCGACUCCCGCCGUGGGGCCCUCGGGGGCGGCGCCGAGUCUGGCCUGUGUUCGCCGUAGGCGAGGGAAGGGGCCCGCGCUGUCUGCGCCGGAUGGCCCCGGGCGUUGACGGGUCCGGAGCCCCGGAACGCCACGCCCUCCUGGCCGAGAGCACCGCGGCAACGCGCUCCCCCGCGGCCGCCGUUAGGUCUGCGCUCGGGACUUCUCCGAGCUCCUCGGUCCCUUCCGUGAGCGAUGUCUCAGGGUUCAGUGACAUUCAGAGAUGUGGCCAUAGACUUCUCCCAGGAGGAGUGGAAAUGGCUUCAGCCUGCUCAAAGAGAUUUGUACAGAUGUGUAAUGCUGGAGAACUACGGCCAUCUGGUCUCACUGGCAGGUCUUUCCAUUUCUAAGCCAGAUGUGGUUUCCUUAUUGGAGCAAGGGAAAGAGCCCUGGCUGGGGAAAAGGGAUGUGAAAAGAGAUCUGUUUUCAGUUUCAGAGCCAACUGGUGACAUCAAAGACUUUUCAUCAAAAAAUGUCAUUUAUGAUGACUCAUCCCAGUAUUUGAUCAUGGAAAGAAUUCUAAGCCAAGGCCCUGUAUAUUCCAGUUUUAAAGGAGGCUGGAAAUGCAAGGACCCUAUUGAGAUGCUGCAAGAAAAUCAAGGAUGUGUAAGGAAAGUAACAGUCUCUCACCAAGAAGCCCUGGCCCAACAUAUGAAUAUCAGUACCGUGGAGAGGCCCUAUGGAUGCCAUGAAUGUGGAAAAACUUUCAGUCGACGCUUUUCCCUGGUGUUACAUCAGAGGACUCAUACUGGAGAAAAACCAUAUGCGUGUAAUGAAUGUGGCAAAACCUUUAGCCAGAUUUCAAACCUUGUGAAACAUCAAAUGAUACAUACUGGAAAGAAACCCCAUGAAUGUAAGGACUGUAAUAAAACAUUCAGUUACCUUUCAUUUCUUAUUGAACACCAGAGAACACACACUGGGGAGAAACCUUAUGAAUGUACUGAGUGUGGAAAGGCCUUUAGCCGUGCCUCCAACCUCACUCGACAUCAGAGGAUUCACAUAGGAAAGAAACAGUAUAUAUGUAGGAAAUGUGGGAAAGCAUUUAGCAGCGGCUCAGAACUCAUUCGCCAUCAGAUCACACAUACUGGAGAGAAACCUUAUGAAUGCAUUGAAUGUGGGAAGGCAUUUCGCCGUUUCUCACACCUUACGCGACAUCAAAGCAUCCAUACAACCAAAACCCCAUAUGAAUGUAAUGAAUGUAGGAAAGCUUUCCGUUGUCACUCAUUCCUUAUUAAACAUCAGAGAAUUCAUGCUGGAGAAAAGCUCUAUGAAUGUGAUGAAUGUGGUAAAGUUUUCACUUGGCAUGCAUCCCUUAUUCAACAUACGAAAAUUCAUACUGGAGAGAAACCUUAUGCAUGUGCUGAAUGUGAUAAAGCCUUCAGUCGAAGCUUUUCCCUCAUUCUACAUCAGAGAACUCAUACUGGGGAAAAACCCUAUGUAUGUAAGGUAUGCAACAAAUCCUUCAGCUGGAGCUCGAACCUUGCUAAACAUCAGAGAACACACACUCUUGACAACCCCUAUGAAUAUGAAAAUUCAUUUAAUUACCACUCAUUCCUUACUCAACACCAGUGAAUUUACAGUGCAAAGAAAAACUAUGAAUGUAUGGAUUUUUUUUAAAGCAUAUAAUGCCUUACUUUUGCUUCAGAGAACUUUUGGAAAGAAGCCUUAUGUAAAAGUAAUGAAUGUGAAAGCCCACACUUAUUUAACAUGCUGAGCAAAAAAACCCAGGAAUAUGUGGAAAAGCCAUUAGUAAACACUUUUUUUUUUUUUUUUUGCAAUAACAAGGUGAAAUCAACAUUGUGAACAAGAUUCUUCCAUCUGGUAAUAUUGAGAAGACUUCAUUUGGUAGGAUUCCCUUACUCUACAUAUGUAAAUUCCUACCAGUAAAGAGUACAUAUCCAGUAAAUUUGAGAAAGCUAGAGAUCGGCCCUCAUUCUGCAUCUGUCAACCAGGACAGACUGCAUGGGUAAGGGAUGAGCUUUACGAAGAUGUACUUUGGAGAUGAGAAAAUGGAUGUUUAAGCAAAGUGAUAAGAGCAGUGAUUUCGGAAUGCCUUCAAUUAAUUAUAAUGCAAUAAUUAAAUGUUAAUACUCUGUAGGAGAAAAAGCAACUAUAUAAAUGAAUGUAGAGUGACUUUCUGCAAUAUUUCAAACCUAUAUCAGAAUUACACCGUGGGAAAACUACCAUUGUAAUGUGUAGCAAAAUCAGCUUGGAUAUCUGAAAAGUCAUACUGGAUGUAAUCUGUUGGAAAUGGUUUUAUUUUGAGGGAAGGGGGAUUUUUGUUUUUUAAGUGAAUUCAAAAAAGUUAUAAAUAAAUCUGGUUU